AUGGGCCAGCUCCUUUCAACCCCUCUUCCCACGCCUGGUUCGCAGGCUCCCCAAGCCAUCCCCACGACGCCUACCAAAUUUCCGGCCUCUCCAGCCUCCUCUUCUGCCGGAGACCGUGAAUCGCACGUGCGCAUUGGUGAGCUCUGCCGCCACGUGAAGGACCUUGAGGACCGCCUGGAGGCCGCAGCCAAGGAGCACGCCACAAUCCAGAAUUGGCUGCUCGCGCAACUGGUUGCUCAAAAUGGCGUGAAAUCGGCCGCCAUUCCCGAUGUCUCUGCCAGAGACUCCAAUUUGGACGCCUGCUUGAAGAGGAUUGGAGAGCUUGAAAAGGAGGUGGAGGCCAGCCGGAAGGCGCAACAGGCCCGUCCAAACGACCAAGACUUCAUGACGUUUGACGAUGGCGAGAAUUUGGACGCCCAAUUCCGGGCUCUUGCCAGUAUCCUUCCUAUUGGACCUGUUGAGAGUGAGUUUGGAGAGAGUGAAGAGGGUUCUAAGGUGCCUCUUGAGGAGGUGAAGGAGGAGGAAAAGAAGACCUCUGGGGAGCCCGAUUUGAAGCCUUCCCGGAUCCACAUCCCGCCCCACCUUCGAUAUCGGGGCCAACAGGCUGUCCCUUUGGAGCGCGGUGACCGUCGUGCGGAUGUCUCCCGUGGCCGUUCACCUGCUCCAAGAGCUGUCGCCACUGGAGUCGAUUUGGGAGGUCCUGCCGCUGUGAACCGCCGACAGCCUUCAGAUCGCGUCCAGAAUGGCGCUGGUUUGGCAGCCUCUAGGUACGGCCCAGGUCCCCCCCAACCCCCUCAAAAUGCUCCUACCGGCCCCCGAAUCCCCAAUAAGGGUACUUACUUCUCACAUAUCUCCCCACCGGCCCCUGGGGAGAUAUACCGCACUGAGGACCUCCAGUACAACCCUCCCAACGCCUCUGGCCACCACCGUGCGGUCCUAAUCCUCGGAAUCCCGCACUUCUUCAAGCUUUUUGAGGUUCUUUCAAGCAUCUCUACUGGCGAAAUCGUCUCCGCGAACCUCACAAACACUGGCCCAAUCAUGGGCUUUCAGACUGCCUACGUCGUCUUUGCGGCCGAAGAGGCUGCCGUUGCGCUGGCCAAGGGCGCGCCACCGCUUGUCAAGAACCGACGCCUCACCGUGAGCCUCAUCAACACCCCGACCUGGCGUAUGAGCCGAGAGAUGCAGGAGGGCGUUGAGACGAAGGGUUGGUCCCGCUUCGUGCGCAUUGCGGAGCGCCCAGACGAUUUUGGACCCACGGACCUGGAGCGCCAGCUGCGCCUGAUGACCGGCGAGUUCGAGAAGAACCCAGCUCUGCGCUACUGGCACGCAGCGGGCGAUCUCUGGGUGGAGUUUCCUGGGGUCGUGGAGGCGAUAGCGGCAGUCGAGCACUUCGAGAAGUUGUUCAGGCAGGUAGGCUCGGUUGUUGGAUUUGCGAGGGAUCCGGCCAUUACUGAUCGAGAGAACGCGGAGAAAUGGGCGAAGGAGGCGGAUGAAGAGAACGGAGAGGUGGAUGGCUACGAUGGAGAUGGUGAGGAGACGACGGGCCAGGAGGAGGUCACGGCGGGCGCUGAGGAGCGCCCCCUUAUUGAGUUCUAG